CGCGAAUUGACUUGGAUUGCAACUUGUAAUUUCUCCACUUUUUCCUCGAUAUACACACACACACAUACAUAUAAGCCGUCAUGGGUAUCUUUGGCUUUGGAUCCAGCAGCAAACCUGAAGAGAGCAGCAACGUCGCCGACUACACUUCUCCCGAAGUCUCCGAUGAUCUGUACUCUCCCAGCGGAUCCCAGUCGCCCUUGGACGAUUACAACACCAACAACACCAACGACUUUGGUGGUAGCAACAGCUAUGACAGCAUGCCUGAAUUCAUGUCCCAGGUUUCCUACGAUGCUGCCAAGCUUCAGCCCAUGACGGUCCAGGGUGGUAUUGACUUUUUGCAAGUGGAAGACCAGUAUGGUGGUUCUGGUGGUGGUGCUGCCAUUGCCGGCGGUGCCGCACUGACACCCUCGCGAGGCUGGACGGACGAUUUAUGUUACGGUACCGGUACAACCUACUUGGCCGGUUUGACGUUGGGUGGUGCAUAUGGUAUGAUGGAAGGUGUCCGCAAAUCGGCACAGGGUUCUCAAGCCAUGAAGGUCCGUUUGAAUACGACAUUGAACAGCAUUACUCGACGAGGCCCUGGUCUCGGCAACGCCGUGGGUGUGAUUGCUAUGAUGUAUAACGGUACGACCGCCAUAAUUGAUCGUUCCCGAGGUACCCAUGAUGCUUUCAACAGCAUAGCCGCUGGUGCUAUCUCUGGUGCCCUCUUUAAGAGCACAGCAGGUACGAGAAUAAAUGAGCUCAGUUGGAAAGGCGGUUUCAUAAGACUGAUAUAGGAUAGGAAGUACAGCGCUGACAUAAGUUGAUGGUUUAUAGGUCUGCGGCCCAUGGGCAUCUCAUCUGGUGUGUGUGCAGCUGCUGCUGGUAUCUGGUCUGUGGCUGUGUCUGCCUUUGCCAGCGAUAAUUAACAAAAAUACAUCCAAGUCAUCCAAUCAUCCCAAACGCAACUACUCCUUUCUCACAUUCUGCUCACAUCCUACAGCCAUCGCUUCCUCCUUCCCACAGCUAAAAAGACCUUUAGAAUCAAAAAGAAGACGCCACUUUUUU